CAGGGGAGUGUGAUGGUGUUUCCUCCUGCAUGCUUCAGUGAGUGACAGAGGGACAGGGGAGUGUGAUGGCAUUUCCUCCUGCAUACUUCAGUGAGUGAUAGAGGGACAGGGGAGUGUGAUGGUAUUUCCUCCUGCAUACUUCAGUGAGUGACAGAGGGCCAGGGGAGUGUGAUGGUAUUUCCUCCUGCAUACUUCAGUGAGUGAUAGAGGGACAGGGGAGUGUGAUGGUGUUUUCCUCCUGCAUGCUUCAGUGAGUGACAGAGGGACAGGGGAGUGUGAUGGUGUUUUCCUCCUGCAUGCUUCAGUGAGUGACAGAGGGACAGGGCAGUGUGAUGGUGGUAUUUUCCUCUUGCAUACAUCAGUAAGAUGUGAAGAUGGCGGAGCUGCAGAUGCUGCUGGAAGAGGAGAUUCCUGCUGGUCGAGGAGCCCUGCUAGACAGCUACGCCAACCUAGAGAGAGUCGCCGAGUACUGCGAGAGCAACUACAUACAGUCUCCAGAUAAGCACAGAGCUCUAGAAGAAACCAAAAGCUACACCACUCAGUCUUUGGCCAGUGUUGCAUAUUUGAUCAACACUCUCGCCAACAAUGUGCUCCAGAUGCUGGACAUACAGGCAUCCCAGCUACGCCGCAUGGAAUCCUCCAUUAACCACAUCUCACAGACGGUGGACAUCCAUAAAGAAAAGGUGGCAAGGCGAGAGAUUGGCAUCCUCACCACCAAUAAGAACACAUCUCGCACACACAAGAUCAUUGCACCAGCCAAUCCUGAGAGGCCUGUGCGAUAUAUCCGCAAGCCUGUUGACUACAGCCUGCUGGAUGACGUAGGCCAUGGUGUGAAGUGGUUACUAAGGUUUAAGGUCAACGCCCAGAAUAUGAAAGCGGGUACGACUCCACGCACAGCUGCCCCUACCCAGAAACCACCCAGCCCCCCUGGCCCUGGCAAAGGAACCAUUAGUGGACUUCAAAAUAUUUUAACCCUGCCCCUCGGCAGGCGGCACUCCCCUUACCGGACACUCGAGCCAGUGCGCCCACCCGUCGUCCCAAAUGACUACGUUCCAAGUCCAACACGCAACACUGCACCACCUCUGCAGAGCCCGGCUAGAACUGCUUCUGUUAAUCAGAGGACCCGCACGUACAGUGGCAGCAGUGGAGGUAGUCAUCCCAGCAGUCGCAGCAGCAGCAGAGAGAACAGUGGCAGUGGAAGUGUGGGCGUGCCUAUUGCUGUUCCAACCCCUGCCCCGCCCACAAUCUUUCCUGGUACUGUACCUGCCCCUCCCAAUCCCCCCAAACCUCCACCGAAUGUUACUCUCCCUUCCCCUCCUGUGCCCCCACCACCCUCCACCCCUGAGCCAGUGCCCCCUGCCCCUGCUUCUACCCCUGCUCUGCCAGCAGAGGGCCCUCCUGAGAUACCACCACCCCCACAGCUGCCCCCUACCCUUCCCGUUAGCACCAACACCAGCCUUGUUGCUGCAACUAGCACUCCCGCUCAAGGCAAUGGUCCUCACUUUUACAGUAUGAAUCGGCCAAUGACACGGCAUGCUACGCCCUCUGUGGGAGGUUCCCUGCCCUAUCGCCGGCCAUCAUCAGUUACCGGACAGCCUAACAACAUGCCUCCGAACACAAAUCCAAACAUGAUCCAAAACCAGCUCAAUGGAGGGCCGCACUACAACCAAAACCAAGCCCCUGUGGCCCCUCCCCCCCCCUCUGUCCUUCAGAUUACUCCUCAGCUCCCGCUCAUGGGCUUUGUGGCUCGAGUUCAGGAGACCAUCUCAGACGCACCCCCGCCACCACCCCCAGCAGAAGAGGUGGAGUUUGAGGAAGCAACCCCACCCCCUCCUCCUCCAGAGGACUAUGAGGAUGAUGAAGGUGGUGAGGAGGAAGAGUCGGCAGUGGUGGAGUACAGUGACCCUUAUGCGGAAGAGGACCCGCCAUGGGCUCCUCGCAGUUACCUGGAGAAAGUGGUGGCGAUUUACGACUACACGCGUGAUAAAGACGACGAGCUGUCCUUCCAGGAGGGGGCGAUCAUUUACGUCAUCAAGAAGAAUGACGACGGCUGGUUUGAGGGUGUGAUGAGCGGCACCACAGGCCUCUUUCCUGGGAAUUACGUGGAGUCCAUCAUGCACUACGCUGACUGAGCCACGAAGUGGCGCCACUUCUCCUAUGUUUCUCAUCUUCCUCAUUCUUUGGGUGUGCACAUACACACACAGGAACACAAAUAAACUCAGCUACACUACAUCAUGCACAGGCUUGUUGCAGACAAACAAACUGUGGACGGAGAUGACUUGGAGAGCUGCGGCAAAGAACUGAGGCAUUGUGUACAUUGGCAAAGAGGACGGUUCCUCAAGAUACAAGGGGAAAAUAAACUAUUGAAAUGUGUAAGAUAAAUUCAUAAGAACAUUUAUUCAUCUCUUAUUUUGAAUCUCUUAGAAACAUGUAUCAGAAAAGUGUUGGUUAUGCCUGACUUGUGUUGAUAUUGAUUGCUUCGCUUUUGCUUCUAUCCCUCCUCUGCUAUGGGGGAACGGUCAUAACACAGUGGAAGGACAGUUAUCCACUCUCAUGCCGUCAUGAAGUUGCUCGGGUGAAGGAAGAGGGAUGAGAAGAUGGGCAUCUUGGACAUGCAUAAUCAUUUUAACUGUAUGCUGUCCUCUGACCAGCAAAUGAGAGAAAAGCUUAGAAUGACACAACAAGGAUUUUACUGUCCCAGGUCAUAAAGAAAUGCAUUAAUUUAGGUCGGCUUAUUUACUUGUUAUUCAUUGCGUUGGAGGUGAUAUUUAUUUUUUAAAACUCUGUUACAUUUAGAAUGCGGUUCAGUUUGAAAUCUUUAGCUGAAAGAUAUACCAAAGGAUUUCAGUGACGGUUUGGAUCGUGAACGGGACCGAAAACAACCUUAAAAUAUUUACUUUUCUCCAUUCCUUUACAUUCAUUUCUUUUCCAACAAAGAUUUUAUUGCUUGAAAUGUUCGCAAGUAUGUGCAUUCUUUACAUGUAUGAUAAAAAAACAAAAAAACUAAUGCUAUUAAAUCGUUCAGGAAGUUUGUGCCAUAAAGAAAUGUAUUUAGAUGGUCAUAUUUUUGGACAUGAGAGGUUGUUUCAUUAAUCUCAGCACCAGAUGCGGUGUUCUUCAGGAAGAAAAUGUGUAUUGUGAUCUUGAACCUCUGAUUCAUCCCUUCGACCAACUGUGGACUGAAAGAUGCAAGACUAUUCUAUAUGUGUGUUAUAUAUUGAUUUAUAUUACAGAAUUACUAUUGUGUUGGUGUAUGACUGGUGGAGAGACCCCAUUUUAUCUGCAAUAACUAAGGCACAGUUGGAACGUCCUCAGUCGAUGCGCUUGAGAGAUCUUUUAAGCACAAGAUGAAUGUGAUCUUAGGAAGACCUUAUAAAAUGUGAACUGACUUUCAGAUGAAGUUAUAGUAAAGAAAUAAAAACCGAAACCAGCCCAAACUUUAAAACAACCUCUGACCCACAUGCAGAUGAUGUGGAACAAACUGUACUAAUGCACAGAGACCUUUUCUAUAAAGUAUUUCAAUGUCUAUAUGUAAGUGUGUGUGAGUGUGAAACUUUGAUUUCACUGUUUAUAGAUUGUUGGUGACUGACACGCUUGUCUGUGUGCAAAUCUUUAUUUUCAAUGAAAGGUCUGCGGCAGUGCGUGUGUGUGAAAUGAGUCUCGCAUGUUGAUAAAUUCUGUGAUUUUCCUGCUGAUGGAGAAUAAACUGGAAAUAUCUGGUCAACUUGCUCACACUGCCUUCAAGUGUCAUUGAAAGUUUUCUUCUGGAGGUUAUGGUACAAUUUUGCAUAUCUAGAACAGUCUACGCUGCACUUGAAGCCGUAAAAAAGACAGACAGGCAAAAGAAGUGGUCAAAUUUUUAUUAGUGUUAAUAGGUUAACAUUAAAACCUUUCGGGUUAUGUACAAGGUAUAAAUCAUUCCAACUGUAGUUCAAAGAUUGUCCAAAUUUACUAAAAUGUCAAUCUUCACAGAACUCAUCCAUCCCGCUUUUCCCCCCAAUACAACCACAAUCCCCAUAUGAUGCAAAAGUUACACAUUUUAUUAGUCUGCAUUUUGACAUUUGAUUUAUUUUGGAUAUGUGUUUUUUAAUCAAAAACUGAUGUUUCACAUACUUUACAUUUUUAUCCUAAAUUGCAUUUCUUUAAUAUAGGACAUGUUUUAGUAGUAUUUUAUCUUACAGCAGAGCCAAAUCUAUCAUUUUAAAACAACUAAAUUGCAACUAGUACAAAAAUCGGUUCUACGAGUGUUCUUACCAUGUUAUUAUUGGCCAUAUACCACAAUAAGUCAAUAUCUUCCAGUAUAUAAUCUAAAGUCGGUGACAGUAGUUCACAUUUUUAAAAGUGCACUAUUCAUGUAGUGCAUCUUUUUAUAGAUUUCCUCUUACGUUUAUCCUUUGUGAGUCCUUCCACUGUUACUAGUUUAUCAUACAUUACCCCACACACCCUGUUGGAGACUUCGAACUCCCCGCUUAGAAACCCAAACACAGAAAAACACAUUACUAGGAGAGACAAACAGGUCAAAACGUUUGCCUACACAUAAACGAUUCUAUGCAUAAUAUUGCUCUAGGCGUUCAGUCGCGCACUCUCUGUAAUAUUGAUCUACUAUACAGAGAAACACAAAUCACGCACACGUGCACACACACACAUACAGGGGAAACAGAAAAAGGUUUAAUGGAAGGAUAGGAAGGGUCAGAGUGGAAUUUGUCCAAAGUGGUUUAUCUUGCUACCCAGCUGACAUCUGCACCCUAUGGCUCACAGAUCAGCGUCUCCAUCACAAAAUUGUUCUCAAAGUGGCGGAUCUUGAGGCAGUUGAGAGCCUCACGCUUCUCGAUACC